GGGACGGCUUCGCCCCGCCGUGCCGCGACCUGAGCGCGUGUGGGCGGGGAGCGCCCCGCGCCGGGAUGGAUAAAUAGCGCUGUCCCCCGGCUGACAGCCCGUCCGGGGCGCGGGGCCGGGGCAGCGCUCGCCAGCUGCCGCGGGACAGGCUUGGGGGCUCUCGGUGACUCCGCUCCACGGCCCCGCUCCUGCCCCGACACGGGUUGUGAUUUUUCUCUGUCUGUCUGCUUGUUUUUGGGGAGAGCCAGAGCAGUGCAGGACCAGGAGAGCCCGGGUCCCAGCUUUUCACCUCUCUCUCCCUGCAGCACAGGGGAGAUGCUGGAAGCGGCGGUGAGUUCGCAGCGCCCGAGGAGGGCGGCAAGAAGCGUGUAAACUCCUGCGGUCCCCAGCGGCAGCCGCUGCCCCGCGACCCUCCGCCGGCCCCUCCUCGCCCCGCACGCCGCCGGCCUCGCCGCCCCUCGCUGUCGCCGGAGGAGGCUGCCCACCCCAGCGGCCCAGGAUGCAGUUUCGCCUCUUCUCCUUUGCCUUGGUCAUCCUGAACUGCAUGGAUUACGGCCACUGCCAGCCCGGCCGCUGGAGACGCAGCAAAAGAGCUAACUAUGGGCCAAAUCCAAUUUGCAAAGGUUGCUUAUCUUGUUCAAAGGAUAAUGGGUGCAUCAGAUGCCAGCACAAGUUAUUCUUCUUCCUGCGGAGAGAAGGGAUGAGGCAGUACGGCGAGUGCCUGCACUCCUGCCCCUCGGGGUACUACGGCCUGCGGACGCCGGACAUGAACAGAUGCUCACGAUGCAGAAUAGAAAACUGCGACUCCUGCUUUAGCAGAGACUUUUGUACCAAAUGCAAAAGUGGCUUUUAUUCGCACAGAGGCCGCUGCUUUCGAGGAUGUCCCGCUGGAUUUGCAGCCUUGGAAGAGCUUAUGGAAUGUGUGGGCUGUGAAGUGGGUCAAUGGAGUGAGUGGGGAACUUGCAGCAGAAAUAACAAAACAUGUGGAUUUAAAUGGGGCCUGGAAACAAGAACAAGACAAAUUGUGAAGAAGCCAGCAAAAGACACAAUACCAUGUCCAACCAUUGCAGAAUCCAGACGGUGUAAAAUGGCCAUGAGGCAUUGUCCAGGAGGGAGAAGGCCAGCAAAAACGAAGGACAAAAAAAAGAAGAAAAAGAAUUUGAUGGAAAGGGCUCAGAAGCAGCACAGCAUCUUUUUAGCAACAGAUAAAACAAGCCAGUAAAGACUUGGUUUUCCUUAAUGUAUUUUUUUGCAAAGUGCACAAAAGCUGCUAUAUGCUCCUGCCCAUGGAUGCACUAAAUUCAGCUGCUUUGACAGUAUUGGUGGCAAAUAACUUGUGAAAAUAAAGCCCACAAGCUUGUUUGUUUUAUUUAUAUAUUUUUUAUUUUAUUUUUUCCUCUCAUUUUUGACCUGGAGACUUCAAGGUCAGGAGUGCACUGAGUUGGAUCAGUGAAAGUGGUCCUGAAGUGCAUCAACGAUAUUGUUCUUAGUGCCUGGUCAACAUGUUGACAAGGAAAGAAACCUACACAGCACCAGUAGGUGGACUUGUGCAUAUUUAAAUAAAUAGGGGAAAAAAAGGAAGUCUUGGAGGUGUAGGUACAAUUGCAUUUGUGGCCUUUGUUUCCUAUAUUUGUAUAUUUCAAGAGUAAAUGGGUAUGACUUACCUACUUAGUGUUAAUGUACAUUGUUCUCACACCUGUUACGUUGACACAGUCGUGUAAUAAAACUGCUUUAAGACAAUGUGCUGCAGGAUUCACUGCUUAGUCUCACCCAAGCACAACAGGCUCUGUGUGUACAUAUUACUCUGUCUACAUAUAAAUGAGCAUAUUUACUGUACAUCUAUGCAUUUUUAUGUAUAAUACUUUAUACAUGUUUAAAGGUAUGUCCUGUUCGUUCUAGUAAUGUACUUUAAAUAAUCCAGUAAAUGUUUACUUUUUGCUUAGUUUUAACUAUCUUAUGUUCCUCAAUAGUAUUAACUGGAUUUUUUUUUCUCCUUUGCAAAGCACACUCAUUUCCAGAACUACCUUGCACUGAACCUCACAUUGGAGUGUCAGCUCUGAAGUGUACUUGCCAGAUUGCCAGACUAGUAAUCCAAAAAUUCUUUCUACUAUUCACUAUUUCUGCCUCAGCCCCCAUGUAUUUUGUCUCAGAAAAAGAAGUUAAAUGUUUUUUAAGGUGAGGCACAACCAUGAUAGAAGUUUUGAGUGUCAGGAGAGAAAUUACUUGUAAAGUUCUUGGUAUCUAAGACUGUGUAGUUUGGGUGUUUUUGUUUUGUUUUUGUUUUUUUCCAAUGUAAUGCAGUGUUUUAUUUCAGUUAGUCCCAACACAAUCAGAUAAGAAAACAAAUAAUUUUUUUCCCUGAAUAAAAGAGAAACAAAAUAAAGUUCAUGUAUGGUCAACUAUUCAAAAGUAUAGAAAACACCAAUUCCCCAGUAUUGCCAAUUAUUUGUAGAAGCUUAACAAAUUUAUUCUGCAGCUGUUGUUUGCUUUGAGAUAUUUUUUGGGGAGGGAGAGGUAGAGAAAAUUUUCUGUGUAGGACAUCAAAAUGGCACAGGUCAUGUAAUUUGGUAAUCUAGCAUUAUUGGGCUAUCAUUCAAAAUGAUUUUUGGAUACCUGACAGGGAAAGCCUACACUAAAAUGGGUGUCACUUAAGAGAAAUUAUUUCACUCUUAGACCUAAAACUUGCAUAAUACCUACACAAAAAAAUGAAGCAGCAAAACAGACUGCAGACCUCCACAAGCCUCUUUUGACAUAUACUUUAGAAAAAUCCUACAAAUUUCAGUUUUAGUUUUAUGGGUUAUAUGCUUUUCAAAUAAACUAGGGAAAUAAAGCAUCUGUAAGCACAAAUAUAUCUGUAUUUAGCUAUGACAAGUGUUACUACCAAAAUGUACAUAUGUUAGAUACAUAUGAAUAUUCCAUCAAACUGCUUGUGGACUUCCACUCAACCAUGAGGUUUUCACUGUAUGUUCAUAUUUACUUAGAACAUAAUAAUGUUGCAGACAGUAAGAUUAUUCUAAUCCUGGGAUGCUAUUUUGGACAUAAAAUUCUCACUUAAAAAAAAAAAAAAAAGGCAAUGAGAACUGUAGCUGUCUGUUUGUUUACUGGUAAUCAAAUUUGGCUGUAAGUGCAGUUAAUGCCCUCAUACAAGCCUUUCAGUAGUGGUUACAAAUAUUGUAUUAGGCAUGUCAUAGAAAGAAUGCUACAAAAUACAAUAAAAUGGUGUCACAAA